AUGCAGAAAGAUCAGCCGGAAACACCAAAACUGAGACGAGUUAGAAGGUAAACAAUGAAAUAUUAUAUUUUUUCCAGUAAUGAUUUGUACUUCGUACAUUUUUAGACUAGAGAAAGCUACUACACCGGAAUUAUUAAGAAGAAACACAACAGUAGAUAACACAACAAAUGUUCGUACAGUUAGCUCUCAGCAUAGGGCGACAAUGGCUCCAAGUGACUUUUCUUUAUCGCAAAAUUAUCUAAAGAAAAGAGCUGCUUUGGAUCGUACCUCAAUAUUUCCUACACAAUCAUUGAUGGAUGGAACAAGAAUGAUGGACUCGGAUUGUUCUGAUAUGGAAUUAAAACUUCUUUAUGAUCAGUACUUACAAAAUACUUUGACAGAAAUAAUCUUGAAAAAAAAGACAGAAGAAAAGGAAAUGUUAUUUUUAUCUCAGUUAGCCACAAUAAGUAAAGAAUAUGAUCACAACGAGGAGAAAUUAUUUAAAUUAAAAACUAGAGAAAGAGAUGUAAUAAAUUUGUCCAAGAUACAAAAUGAAAUUGAUUCACAGAUUAAUGAUGCAAACAAUUGUACUAGUGAAGAGAACAAAAAUUUGCAAAAGACAUUGUCUCAGUUAUAUAAUCUUUUAGAACCUCUAGAUAAACUUCGCUGUGAUAAUAUAAUUCUUCCUGAGACACCUGAGGAAUGGGAAGAAACAAAAGAGGCUUUAAAAUCAUGUUCAGAGACUUUGAAACUCAUCAUGGAUUUGAUUGGAACAAAAAGUGAAUCAUAUCAAAGUAUUAAUAAAGGCGUUAAGGAAUUUAUGCAGACUUUAAGUGACAUUGAAGAUAAUCAGAAAGAGUAUAAAAUAACAAAUUUUCUGCUAUUCAAUAAUUAUGUUAUGUAAUGUAAUUGCUAAUGUAAUGUCAUUAUCUUUACAGGUUAGAAGAGAAACUUUGCAAUCUGCAAGCUCUUGUAUUGAAAACAGCAUCCUUGUCCCUAAUGCAAAGCCAUAAUUGA